GCGCGGCGAAGAUCUCCAACGCAAAGCCAAGCCUCUCUCCUCUUCACUUGACCCGAGCCGAAGAAAAUGCGCGCAACAAUCCCAACCUCCUCGCUCCUCGUGACGCCGAGUCUGCCGCACCAGCGCCCGCGGCUGCUCUCCCUCCCGUCCUCCCCCCGCCUCGGUCGCGCAGGUCUUCGUCGCACCCGCCCGCGCGUGGCAGCGCCGCCGUCCAUCCCCGGGGAGGCGGAGCCGAGCACGUCCGCUCCCGAGUCCGGCGAGAAGUUCUCGUGGAGGGAUCACUGGUACCCCGUCUCCCUCGUCGAGGACCUCGACCCCAGCCGCCCCACCCCGUUCCAACUCCUCAACCGCGACCUCGUCAUCUGGAAGGACCCCAAGUCCGGCGAGUGGGUCGCCCUCGACGACCGCUGCCCCCACCGCCUCGCGCCUCUCUCGGAGGGGAGGAUUGAUGAGACGGGGUGCUUGCAGUGCUCCUACCACGGCUGGUCAUUCGAUGGCUCCGGUGCCUGCACGAAGAUCCCGCAGGCCGCGCCCGAGGGGCCCGAGGCCCGGGCGGUGCUGUCGCCGAAGGCGUGCGCGACCAAGUUCCCCACCCUCGUCUCGCAGGGGCUGCUCUUCGUGUGGCCCGACGAGAAUGGGUGGGAGAAGGCCGUCGCGGCCAAGCCUCCAAUGUUACCGAAAGAGUUUGAUGACCCAGCAUUCUCCACGGUGACGAUCCAGAGGGAUCUGUUCUAUGGGUAUGAUACGUUGAUGGAGAACGUCUCUGAUCCCUCGCAUAUAGAAUUUGCUCACCACAAGGUCACUGGACGAAGAGAUAGAGCCAGGUCCUUACCAUUCAAGAUGGAAUCAAGUGGUGCAUGGGGUUAUUCAGGGGCAAAUUCUGGUAAUCCUCGCAUCACUGCAACUUUUGUGGCCCCUUGCUACGCAAUGAACAAAAUCGAGAUAGACACAAAGUUACCUAUUUUUGGAGACCAGAAAUGGGUCAUAUGGAUUUGCUCUUUCAACAUUCCAAUGGCCCCAGGGAAGACUCGUUCUAUUGUCUGUAGCGCUCGAAACUUUUUCCAGUUUACCAUGCCAGGAAAAGCAUGGUGGCAGAUUGUCCCUCGAUGGUAUGAACAUUGGACUUCAAAUCUGGUCUAUGAUGGUGAUAUGAUUGUUCUUCAAGGCCAGGAGAAGAUUUUCCUGGCUGCAUCCAAGGAGUCUUCUGUGGAUGUCAAUCAGCAGUACACAAAGAUCACAUUCACACCCACACAGGCUGACCGUUUUGUUUUAGCAUUCCGGACUUGGCUAAGGAAAUUUGGCAAUAGCCAACCUGAGUGGUUUGGAAAUCCUAGCCAAGAAACAUUGCCUUCCACUGUGCUUUCAAAGCGUGAGAUGCUAGACAGAUAUGAGCAGCACACACUGAAGUGCUCAUCUUGCAAAGGAGCAUAUAACGCAUUCCAGACUCUGCAGAAGGUCUUCAUGGGAGCGACAGUGGUUUGCUGUGCUACCGCUGGAAUUCCUGCAGAUGUUCAGCUCAGAAUAUUGAUCGGUGUGGCUGCUUUGGUCAGUGCCGGUCUGGCGUACUCAUUCCAUGAGCUCCAGAAGAAUUUUGUAUUUGUAGAUUACGUGCAUGCUGACAUUGAUUGAAUUUUGGUGACGAUCUGGUCUAGCGGCAUCACAUGAUCAUGCAUGUAACCUAGCUAGGAAACAUAACUUUUCACCGGAUAUAGCCCAAUGUGUGUAUAGUAGGCAGGCUGCAGGCUGGUAUUAUCGUAUUAGCAGGCGAUGUAAAGUGGAAAUGUAUUUUUUUGCCCCAUAUCCAUUGGAUUGAAAAUCCUUUUAUCUGUCU